UCCCUCCUCUCCCCUUUGCCUCAGCUCAGCUGAAGUGAAGAGCCUAGCGUUUAUUUGCAAAAGCCAUCGUCUUCAGCCGAAACCACUCUAAAUCUUGUAACGCCAAUAUUUUCAACAACCAUGAGUGACAGCUUUUCGAGAACAGAAAUAUUGGCAGCUACUGUGAAGCUGUCGGUGCUCGCUGCAUUCACAUACGUCACCCUUAAAUUCAUUCUUGGGCAACUAGAUCCAGAUUCUGAAUCAGAGUCUACGUAUAAGAAUGCACGCAAAAAGGCUAAAGCCAUUUUGGAACGUCUUGGUUUAUCAAACGAGAAACAUCUAAAAUCGCUUAAUCAACAUGAGUUGAUGAUUGCUAAGGGUCUGAUAGACCCUCGUGAUAUUACCACUACAUGGGAUCAUAUUGCUGGCUUGGAUAAUGUUCUGCAAGAGUUGCGUGAAACUGUUAUCCUGCCGAUUCAGAAAAAAGAAUUGUUUGCUGAUUCGCACCUUACUCGGGCCCCGAAGGGAGUACUGUUGUACGGGCCCCCAGGAUGUGGUAAAACUAUGAUAGCUAAAGCUAUUGCUCGGGAAGCUGGCUGUAAUUUCAUUAAUUUGGACAUGUCAUGUUUAACUGACAAGUGGUAUGGAGAAAGUCAGAAGCUUGCCUGUGCUGUGUUUACUCUGGCUGUGAAACUUCAACCAUGUAUUGUCUUCAUUGAUGAAAUAGAUUCUUUCCUGCGUAAUCGGUCUUCAUUUGAUCAUGAAGCAACUGCCAUGAUAAAAGCACAAUUCAUGUCUCUGUGGGAUGGUCUUACUACUGAUCCAUCAUGCACGGUUAUUGUUAUGGGUACCACAAACAGACCACAAGAUUUGGAUCGAGCUAUUUUACGUCGUAUGCCAGCUUCCUUUCAUAUUGAGAUGCCUAAUGCUGUUCAGCGCCAACAAAUACUUGACAUAAUAUUAAAGACAGAACCAAUUGCAAAUGAUGUCAACCUACAUAGACUGGCCGAAAUCACCGAUGGGUUCUCAGGAUCAGAUUUGAGGGAAUUGUGCCGCUCAGCAUCAGUCUACAGGUUGAAAGAUUUCAUGAACAACAGUCAAAAAGAAAAAGCAAAUACGUCAAAUGAAUCAGAAGAUGAAUUCCAUGAUGCACUUCGUCCUAUCACAAUGGAGGACCUGUCAACUGCCUGUUUAAAAUUGCGCAACUCAAAGGACUUCUGUGGAGCAGAAUACUCGCGUCAAGAAGUCAGUUGGAACAGGGUUUAAGCUUCUUUAGUUUUAACUUUUAUGUUUGCUAUUGAAAUUAUGUAGUUGGAUAAGACAUCACGAGCUAGUAGCCCCAACUCCUCUUGUGGUAAUGUGUACUGUUCCAUCAUAAUAGUAAUUAUUAUUUGUUUGCAAAACUUAUGUUUAAUUGUUUAAAAAUUCCUUUUUUUUUUCCAUUUGUUAUACAAUUUCUAAUGACUCAUGUUUUGCAAAGUGCGUCAGAAAAUGCUUAUGGAAACAGUUUUUAGAACUUAUUACAAUUGCUGAGGUUAUUUUUUGAAGACAUUUGUGCCAUUUUUGAUACACUUGAUGUUGUCUUUAUUUGAAGUUUGGUACACAAAUUGACAUUGACUUUGCAAAGUCACGACUAAAGUACAAUCUGUAUUGUAAUUUUUUCCUCCCAAUUAGUGACAAUGAAACAGAGUUAGAAAAAAUGUAGUUUUAUCAUUUUUUGUAGGAUUGAUGCUGUUCUUUUUCUAUGAGUCAACUUACAAUAUUGUAGUGAAAUAAUGUUCAAGCAUAGUGAAAGUGUUACUUUUUUCUAAUGGAGGUAAUUUGAGAAGCCCCAAGUGAGAAGUGCUGUGAAUAGUUCCAAGAUCUGUGAUGAUAGGUAUAAUGACCUUAAUUCAUUUGUUAAUAUCUAAGGGUGUGAAAGCCAAAGCAACUCCACACAUGAGAAGAUUAUUUAUUAUUUCAGGAAUUGUGUUUUUGUUACUGUUGCCUUAAUUGAAGCCCACCUCCCAACAAAUACCUUUUGUUUGGGACUAUAAGGCCAUUGUUUCUUUCAAAAACAUUGACUUUUACUGCAAAUGAUCAGAAGUUGCUUGCAUUUCUGCUGUGUUAGUUUGAGUGUAUGUUGGGCACUGAAGUAGUUUAAAUAGUUUUCACAAAUAGUUGUGUCUAUGCUUAUUUGAAUCCCUGUAAUUAAUAAGCAAUUUCCCAAAUGGUUCUUAACAAACUUAUGGGAAUUCCAAACGAUUCACACUGACUCUUUUAACUUCGAAAAGUUUCACUGCCUGAGAAAUAUUUAUUGUCAAAUGACACCAACACUAUUCUUUUUUUUCCCUUAAUUGUUCAUAUUACAUAUAUUUAUUUGUUUCAGUAGAUAUGUCAAAUUUAAUGCUGUGCUUCUCUCAAAACUGUCUUCACUGUGCUUUCAAACUUCACAGUAUUACCAAAUACUUUGCAUUUUACAUGUGUAAAUACAAAAUAUAGUAAUUGCCCUAUA